UACGUCAGUUGAAUAUAGAAUUUUAAAUUUUAUAACUGUGUUUACGGCUAUUAGUGAGUAUGUAUUGUGUAAAACUUGCCGUGAGCCAGUAAAAUUUGAAACAGCCUCAGAACGUGGACUUGGUUUCAAAAUUGUUAUCUUAUGUGAUAAAUGUAAUCCUCGUAGUGUAAACUCUUGUAACUAUGUCAAACACUCGUAUGAAAUAAAUCGACGAUUUAUAUUUGUGAUGAGAACCCUUGGGUUAGGUUUGAAAGGUGCUACUCAAUUUUGUGGGCUAAUGGACAUGCCAGCUUUUUUGCUCCAAACUUCAUAUGAUAUGAUCGUUAAAAAUAUCCACGAAUGUGUCUCAGUAGUCACAGAUAAACUUUUAAAAAAAGCUUGUGUUGAGGAAAUGAAUGCCACGGCUGAACAGCAAGGUGAUGAACAUAAGAGUGAUUUAACAGUCUCGGGAGAUGGAACUUGGAAAAAAAGAGGAUUUACUUCUCUAUUUGGAGUUACAUCUCUAAUUGGAUACUACAGUGGAAAAAUAAUUGAUCUUUUAGUUAAAAGCUCUUACUGUAAGCAAUGCGAGCCUUGGAAAUCUCACAAGGAUACGACUGAAUAUCAGGAAUGGUGGGAAGAGCACAAAGACGUAUGCUCAGCUAACCACAAGGGGUCAUCAGGAAAAAUGGAAGUUGAUGCUGUUAUUACCAUGUUCAAACGUUCAUUGGAAAAGUUUCAAGUUCGUUUUAUAAACUACAUCGGUGAUGGUGACUCUAAAACUUAUUCGGGGAUUUUGAAGGCUGCUCCUUAUGGUGAGACAGAAGUAACGAAGAAAGAAUGUAUUGGGCAUGUUCAAAAAAGAAUGGGCAAACGGCUAAGAGACAUAGUAAAUAAUACAGUAGAAGAAAUGAAAGAUAAGAAUGGAAAAACAAAAAAAAAAAAGUUACUUGGUGGCAAAGGUAAAUUGACUGGGAAACUUAUUGAUAAAUUAACUGUUUACUAUGGUUUAGCGAUUAGGAGACACUGUGAUUCUGUUGACAGUAUGUAUAAAGCCAUUUGGGCAUCUUAUUUCCAUAACUGCUCUACAGAUAAAAACCCUCAGCAUGAUAAUUGCCCUAUAGGAGAAAACUCGUGGUGUUCGUGGCAAAAAGCGCGAGCCUUGGGAACUUGGCCCAGCUAUAAACAUGAUUAUGAGGCCUUACCACCUGAUGUUGCAUCAGCUAUUUUUCCAAUUUACGAAGAUCUAAGUAACAAAAAAUUAUUGGAACGAUGCGUUGGUGGUUUUACCCAGAACAAUAAUGAAAGUUAUAAUCAGCUGAUAUGGAAAAUAACUCCAAAAAUUAUUCCAGCUGGCUCUAAAAUUAUUGAAAUAGCUGCAAACAUUGCAGCCGGGGUCUUUAAUGAAGGUAAAACAUCUCUUCUUUAUUAUAUGAGUGCUAUGGGAUUAUCACUUGGACCCAAUGCUCAUUCCUACGUGAGCAAAGAGGACGCAGAGCGCAUCUCAAUUUCGGACGCAAGAGCGCAAGGGUCGACGCGCGAGGGGAGAAUGGCUCGUAGACAACAACAACUAAACAUUUUGGACGCAAACGACGAAGCAGAGGGUUCCUCUUAUGGUGCUGGAAUAGAUGACACGAUAUAAUUUGGACCAGAGAUAUCUUGCUCACCGCCAAGCACUUUUUUUUGGAGGUCUUUCCGCAGAUCAUCUACAGGAGCUAGGGGAUCCAAUAUUUUUUAAAAUAAACCACUGAUUGUUAAAGUACAUUAAAUUCUGUUUAAUUACAUUUUGUUCAUUAAUGUAUAAAAUAAAAUGCCUCUUUGGAAAAAAUUCACAAAAAAACGCGUUUUUUCUGC